AUGUGUGGCGUUUAUGGUUCACCAAAUUCUUUACAUCAAUGUCAUUUCUGUUUGGUGCAACGUAAUAUGAUGAAUGAUGUUCAUAUCGCAAAAGAAGAUAUUUAUAUUCAUAAUGAAAAUGAUACUAAGAAUGCUUUACGUUGUGGUAAAGAUAAGGCAAUCUCAGUAUAUAAUAUAAGGAAUGCUUUGUGGAAACGACCAUAUUUUAAUGUUUAUACUAUGUGUGUACCCGAUUGUAUGCAUUAUGCGGAUUUCAGGCUUUUUCAGUAUCAAUUACGAUUCACGGUCGAAUUACUAAAUUCCAAGUAUAAUAACAGCUUAAUAAGAAUACUUGAGGAAUGCCUUUUUCAAAUUCCCCGUUAUCUGAAUCUAAAGGUUUUCAAAAACAGAUUUGAAAGGUUUACACGAUUAACUGCAGCCGAGUAUCGUGACUUGAUGAAGGUUAUGUUAUUUGUCUUGGAUGAUCUAAUAUCAGAUAAAAAGCUUAAUGAGAAUCUAUGCGAACUAUAUUCAUUGUGGAUUGAUAUGUAUAUAUGGAGCCGUCAACCCAAAUAUACUGAAAAUAUCAAAAAUUGGUCACUACAAGAUAUUGAUAACGAAACAGUUCAAAUUGAAGUAUUUGAACAAGCAGCCUUCUCCGAUGUUUGUGUUGAAAUAGAUAAAGCAGAACAAGACGAUUAUUUAACAGAUAAUGGCUUAUGUUAUGCAAAG